CGGCGGCGCGAGGGCGCCAAGAUCACCGCGCACCGCGGGGCGCGAUGUGCCUGGGGGGCGGCAGCGGCUGGCCGCGGCAGGGCAGCUUGGUGAGGGAGGUCGGCUACAACUUCUUCGCGUCGCACGCGGAGAUGGACAUCGUCAUGGCCACCGACGCCGGCACGGCCUUUCCCCUGAGCACCGCAGAGCCAGACUCGAUCCACAGCCCAAACAGCCAGACAAACACGCAGCUGGCCCUGCACAAGACCCUGCCGCCAGGGGACUACGUGUUAAGAAUUGCAGACGACCACUACGGGGGCCAGAUCGGCGGCUCUCAGGCCUGCUUCCCCUUCUCCUUCGAGUUCCGCGCCGUGCCCGCGGGCGCGCCCCCCACGGUCGUGUCGGUGCAGCCGCACCCGUCCGUGCCGCUGACGCGCGGCGUCGACCUGGUGCUGACCAUCCGCUUCUCGGAGCCGCCCAGGGGCAGCGUGGCCGAGGUGGUCAGCGGCAUCUACCUCGGCGGCGUGGAGGCCUUCGUAGGCGGGUCCCUGAACGCGAUGGAGGACCGCUGGGCCAGCAAGCGGACCAGCGUCCAGGAGUGUUUCAUGGGCUCGCUCGCAGAGUCUGUAGAGAUUCUUUGGCGUUGGCUGCGGGCUGGGCCCGCGGUGGUGAUCGAUUUCGACGAAGGCCUGAGGGUGGACAGCUCCGCCAGGACGGGCCUCGCGAUGGCGAGUACGACUACGCAGAAUGGGACGUAUCAGAUUUGGUCGCUGAAGGACAUCAGAAGCCAUGAGAGCUCCAGUGGCGGCCAGGAUGAGUUCGAGAGUUUCUGUUUCACCUUGGAGGCCGAGGUGACCGAGAUCGGGUGGAAGUCACUCUAUGACGCGGCGGUGGGCCACGCAGGUCCGAUAGCUGCAGAAGACAUCCAGAACGCGGAGACGCUGGAGCUGAGCAGGAACUUGAGCACGUUCCUGGCGAUGAAGAUGCGCGGGAAAGCGCAGACGAUGACUAAGUUGACUGGUGCUGGCAAUGGGUUCGAGGCGCUGCAGCAGAUCUAUGCUGACUACCGCCCGAGUGGCGGCACUUCUGAGCACUGCCUGCUCACGACGAUCGCGCAGCCGAAGUGGUGGACGAGUGACGACCGCUCGAGGCGCAGCUUCGCGGAGGUGCUGCACGACUGGGAUCACCUGGUCACGCAGUACGAGCUGGCGAGCCACGACGCGAUCAGCGACAGGCGCAAGUGCGCUACCAUCUUGGGCUACGCGCCGCUGCCGAUCAGGAAGGUGCUCGACGGAGCUAGCCAGGAGGUCAGAGAGAACUAUGCGGUGAUGCGGACAAGGAUUCGCGAGCACUGCAUGGAGAGGAAUGCGAAGGCUUUCGUCCCCAGGCCGCCUGAGGCCACGGGAGGAGGAGGCCAGGCGCCGAUGCAGGUGGAUGCGGUCGGCCAGGUUGACGCGAUCGGGCUCGACAAGCCGCGCUGCAACCUCUGCAAGAAGCUCGGCCACACUGCUGGCAGGUGCUGGUUCGAGGGCAAGGGUGGCGCCAAGGGCGACUCCAAGGGUGGCAAGGGUGAUGGCGGCAAGGGUGGGUCGAAGGGCGGGCGCGGCGGCGACGCGCCGUCGAGUGAUAAGGACAAGACAUGCCACUACUGCAAGAAGAAAGGCCACAUCAAGAUCAAAUGCUUCAAGUUCAAGAAGGAUCAGGAGGACAGAAAGAAGGACACUGCCAGCGUUGUCGAGAAGGAGGCCGCAGAAGUCAACGUGAUGGUCGUGCCCAGCGAGGGCGACUCCGACGAGUGCGGCUUCUGCAUGGCGUUGGAGAGCGACUACGUCGACCACGAUUCGGACGGGCACCAGGUGGACUUCGUCGACCACGACUCAGACGGGCACCAGGUGGACUACGUCGACCACGGGUCGAACGGGCACCAGGUGGGCUACGACGGCUACGAGAGCUUUGGAGACCAGCUGGAGGACGAGUUCGCGCGCCACGCCUGCGACGACGCGAUCAUCAUGGCCACCGGCGACGGGGCCAAGCUGAAGGAGUACGACGUUGACGACUUCCUGAUGCUGGAUGGUGGCGCCGACGAGCACUGCGCGCGACGAACCUUUGCGAGGCGCAGCGCGGUGGAGCCUACAUCGACCAAGCUGAUCGCCGCCCAGAAGCAGAAGAUCUCUCUUGAUGGUGAGGCCAUGGUCCCCUUCACGAUGGGGGGCCGAGUGGUUUGCAAGGCCAAUUGCAAGGUCGGCCCUUUUGUUCGGAACCUACUCGGUACUGGCAGAGUCGAUGAUGCAGGUUUUGACGCGGUCUACUCGCACAACGACGGGUGGUACGUUGGUUACUCCAAGCCCGACGGGAGGUAUGUCAAGAUCCCGAUGGUGCGGAGGAAGAACACUUUCGGGGCCCCUGCCAGCGUGCACAAGGACCUCGAGGACGCCGAGGAGGUGGUCAAGGAGACCAAGCGGUUGCUGGGCCGCUACCCCGACCAGCAGUCGGGCAUCGUCGCCGCCAACGAGGACGCGGUGAUGAAGGACGAGGGGGCCGUCCAGGCUGACGAGGCUGCAGCGCCUGUGCCCAUGGCAGAGAGUGCUGGGUCGGCUUCGUCGGGGUCUGGAGGUGGCGCCCCCGAUGCAGCCCCGCCGGCGGCAGCCAGUCCGCCUGGGGGCCAGCCAGGGCCAGGGGCGGCUCUCCGCCCUGUGAGGGACCCUGAGGGAGCAGAGCUCGGGCCAGGUUCUCGAGUCGACCUGCUCCGACAGCGCUUGAAGGAGCUUGGGGCGGCGAUCUACGGCGCGAAAGAGCAGCUGUGGACGAGGCUCAAGCACGCUGAGCUCAAGCACAAGCAGGACUUGGACUUCAAGAAGGCGGUCGAGGAGCGUUACCAACAGCAAGUGGACGGCCAGCCUGUGACAGAGGCCAAGGUCGUCGAGGCUCCCUACGCCCCAACGGAGGUUGAGAAGGAGCAACACGAGGCUGCUGUCCACGCGGUGUUCAAGAAGUGGUGCCCCGCGUGCGUGUUCGGACUGGGGCCCGAGGACCCGCGCAUCAAGCAGCCCGUGUACGGCAGCAAUGUCAGGGAGGAGCUGAUUUUCUUCGACUGGGCCUUCAACGGCACUAAGGACACGGACAAUCUCUGCGACGAGGUCGACAAGGGUCUCGGGGCAUCUCUUGUGGCUGCAGACCGCAGCGCUGGUCUACUCUACGGCAACGCGCUGGGGAGCAAGGCCGCAGACGAUCACACCGUGAAGCAGCUCAUGAGGUUCAUGAAGCAGCUCGCGUACAAGAAGCCAGAGCUCAGGUGCGACACUGAGCCUGCGGUGAAGGCUCUCCAGGAUAAGGUCGUGAAUGCGAGGAGCGAGGAGAACCUGGAGACCAGAGUUUCGCAGGGUCGCACGCGGGACAGCACGUCGAUGGGCUUCGUCGAGACGCGGAUCCGCUGGUGGCGAGGCCGCUUGAAGGCCAACAGGGUGCAGGUGGAGAUGAACUACGGGAUCAAGCUCACGCCGCGCUCCCCGCCCUGGCCGUUCCUCGCCCACCACGCUGCGAACGUGACGAACUGGUACUCGCGAGGUGCUGAUGGCUACACGGCUCACUUCGCGGUCUGCGGCGCGAACUAUACUGGAGCAGUGGUUCCUUUUGCUGAGGCGGUGAUGGCGAGGGUUCCAGUCAGCAAGACGGGCCAGCGACGUUCGAUGGGAGGUUUGGCCCCCAGGCUGACCAAGGCAGACGCUGCCUGGGUCAAUGUGAUCUGGGUCGGCAAGACGACCAACAACGACGAGCGCAUCAUCCUGACGAUUGUUGGCAAGGUGACCUGCGGGACCGUCCGCAGGGAGAAGAUCGCGCACAUGCCUCGGUCCCUCGUCAUGGACGGCGGCAGGGGCGAGGUCGCGCCGACGCCGCUGGAGGCCGUGGGCACGGAGGCCACGAGGGGACGCUACGAGGACCCGAUCGUCGGGGCCAUCGAGGACAUCAGCGAGACGCUGGACUACAAGGCGCUCCUGGCGGCCAAGGAGCUCACGCACUGGGACAGCAGCGGCUUCCCUCAGGAGGAGGCGGCCGAGGCGCCCGGCAAGGGCUUGAAGCUCUGCGAUGAGUUCGGCAUCUGCUCAGUUCAUCCUCGAGCGACCGCCGACAGCAAGAAGAAGGUUGAUACCAAGUGGGAGAAGAAGGACCGUGCUGGGGUUCUCAAGUACGGGCUGGUGGGCAGGGAGUUUGCCUGGCUCGAGGAGCGUGAUGAUAUUUUCGCUCCUGGGUCGACGUCCCUGACCAGCCGCAUCAUUGACUUCCUCAGCCAGAAGGACGAUGAUAAUCCAGAUGAUCCGCUCGUGGUUGCGUUAAAGGACAGCGACGUCGUCACCGAGGGCCGCUUCGAGCACCUCAAGCGGACAAGGACCAAGACGGACGAGGGCAUCUUCCUGCAACCGCACGAGAAGCACGCCCUCAACAUCAUCACGGAGCUAGGGCUGAAGGGCGCCAACCCAGUUAAGACUCCAGACCUGGGAUCGAAAGAGGUCUUGGAGCACUCCACGCCUCUCGUCGACAAGCAGGUCGCGAGGUACCGUUCGUGCGUGGGGAGUGGCCUCUACCUGGUGCAAGAUCGCACCGACAUCCAGCGUGCCGUGGGGAUGCUGGCAUCUGACUUGGCAGCGCCUACGGAGCUCUCUUGGAAGAGGCUGCUUCGCCUUGGACGCUACUUGGUUGGGACAUCCGACCUGGGCGUGUUCAUCCCGAAAGUUGACAUGAGGAUCUACGAGAGGGGCGUGGUCCACUUGAGGAGUUUCUCCGACAGUGACCACGGGGGCAAGGAGGCGAAGCUCAAGAGCACGACCUUCGGGGUCCUCUACGCUGAUGGUGCGGUGCUGGCGACGCUGGCGAGGAGACGGGACCUGAUUGCAGUAAGUUCUGGAGAGAGCGAAUUCUACGCGCUGGGCACUGUGGCCAUGAGCGGCAAGAUGCUCAGGGAUCUGCUCACGUGGUUCGGGUUUCGUGCCGGGUGGACCUUGGAGACGGACUCUUCAGCAGCUCGCGCGAUGUCCUUGAGUCAGGGCGUCGGGAAGGUCCGCCACCUGGACACGCGAGCACUCUGGGUCCAGCAGGCUACGCGCAUGCUUGGGCUGAAGGCGCUGAAGUGCAAGGGUACCGAGAAUCUCAGUGGCAUUGGGACGAAGCCACACACGUCCGAGGUUCAUGAGCAGCUCUGCAAGCAGGUGGGACUACGCCGACUCAAUGGAGAUCUGGGAGCGGUCCGCGAGGUCGAGGUGAACGCUGUGAUCGAGAAGCUUGGGCGGACAGCUCGCGGCACGCAGUGCGGUGGCAGGAUCACGAGCAGCCCGAGCCUCAGCACAGCGAUCCUGGCCUUGUGCAUGGCCCUGCAAGCUCAACGAAGAGAAGGAGUUCAAGAUGGAGGUGGUGCUGGAAGCACCGACAGUGACAACUACGACUUCAGGAUCGUUCCAGUGAUGCUGCUGCUCAGCUGGGUUUUCACCUUUGUGCUGGGCUUCCUGGCGGCAAUCUAG